CUACUCGGGUCCUUGCUCCGGCUCCAGCCCCACUUCCAGCUGCAGCCCCAUCCCUAGCUCCAGCUCGCGCUCCGCUCCUGAGCUUGGACGUCUCCACGCGUCCCACUGCGACUCCCGGAGUUCCUGCGCUCGUGCCCCGGGAUCAUCCACAGCCCUGCACUCUGGGCGCCCGGCCGCGAGUCUCUGCAAGCUACUCGGGAUCCUUGCGACCGUGGGCAGCGGCUGCCGCGCCUGUCCCCCUGUGGGAGGACUGUCCUAGCUGCUCCUGCGCAGUAACUCUGGCUGCACAGCAGACCCCUCGAGUAACACGGGCUCCCCUGAAACAUGGCAGACGAAGACCUUAUCUUCCGCCUGGAAGGUGUUGACCGUGGCGGGUCCUCCCGAGCCUGCCACAAUGGGGAGUCUGACAAAGACAGUGACGAUGAUGAGGACUACUUCAUCUGCCCCAUCACUGAUGACCGCAUGUCCAACCAGAAUGUCAGCUCCAAGGCCCAGAACUACAGCAACCGAGUGAAACCAGAGUGUAGCUCCAUAGGGUCACCGGCCAGUUCCUUCCACUUCAAGGAAACCUGGAAACAGGCGAUUCAGAAAGCCAAGGGUAUGCCUGACCCCUGGGCCAAGUUCCAUCUUGAGAACAUCGCCACGGAACACGCUACCCGGCACAGGUACAACGCUAUCACCGGGGAAUGGCUGCAAGAUGAGGUUUUCAUCAAGAUGGCAUCUGAGCCCUUCGGCCGCGGAGCAAUGAGGGAGUGCUUCAGGACGAAAAAACUCUCCAACUUUUUGCACGCCCAGCAAUGGAAGGGCGCCUCCAACUACGUGGCCAAGCGCUACCUCGAGCCGGUGGACAGGAGCGUGUACUUUGAGGAUGUCCAGCUCCAGAUGGAGGCGAAGCUCUGGGGGGAGGAGUACAAUCGGCACAAGCCCCCCAAGCAGGUGGAUAUCAUGCAGAUGUGCAUCAUUGAGCUAAAGGACAGAGAAGGCCAGCCCCUCUUCCACCUGGAGCACUACAUUGAGGGCAAGUACAUCAAGUAUAAUUCCAACUCAGGCUUUGUCCGUGAUGACAACAUCCGACUAACACCACAGGCCUUUAGCCACUUCACAUUUGAGCGUUCUGGUCAUCAGCUGAUUGUGGUGGACAUCCAGGGUGUGGGGGACCUUUACACUGAUCCACAGAUCCACACUGAGAAAGGCACCGACUUUGGAGACGGCAAUCUCGGUGUCCGGGGAAUGGCUCUCUUCUUCUAUUCUCAUGCUUGCAACCGGAUUUGCCAGAGCAUGGGCCUUGCGCCCUUUGACCUCUCACUGCGGGAGCAGGCUCUGGUAAAUCAGAGCACCAAGCUAUUGCAAUCAGCCAAGACCACCCUGAGGGGGACAGAGGAGAAGUGUGGGAGUCCCCGCAUAAGGACGUUCUCUGGCAGCCGGCCUCCCUUGCCCCUUCGCCUUUCAGAGAACUCCGGGGAUGAGAACAUGAGCGAUGUGACUUUUGACUCUCUGCCUUCCUCCCCAUCUUCAGCCACACCACACAGCCAGAAACUGGACCCCCUCCAUUGGCCAGUGUUUGGUGAUCUUGAUAACAUGGGCCCUAGAGACCAUGACCACAUGGACAAUCACCGGGACUCCGAGAACAGUGGGGACAGCGGAUACCCAAGUGAGAAGCGAAGUGACCUGGAUGAUCCUGAGCCCCGAGAACAUGGCCAUUCCAAUGGCAACCGAAUGCCUGAAUCUGAUGAGGACAGCCUGGGCAGCUAUGGACGGGUCUCUGUGGAGACGUGGAACCUGCUCAAUUCCUCCCGCCUGCACCUGCCGAGGCCCUCGGCUGUGGCCCUCGAAGUGCAAAGGCUAAACGCUCUGGACCUCGAAAGGAAAAUCGGGAAAUCUGUUUUGGGGAAGGUCCAUCUGGCUAUGGUACGAUACCACGAGGGUGGGCGCUUCUGUGAGAAGGAUGAGGAAUGGGACCGAGAGUCAGCCAUCUUCCACCUGGAGCAUGCAGCUGACCUGGGAGAAUUGGAGGCCAUCGUGGGCCUGGGACUUAUGUACUCUCAGCUGCCCCACCACAUCCUGGCUGAUGUCUCUCUGAAGGACACAGAGGAGAACAAGACAAAAGGUUUUGAUUACUUACUGAAGGCGGCAGAAGCUGGUGAUAGGCAGUCCAUGAUCCUAGUGGCCCGAGCUUUUGACACCGGCCUGAACCUCAGUCCAGACAGGUGCCGAGACUGGUCAGAGGCUCUCCACUGGUACAACACGGCCCUGGAGACAACUGACUGCGAUGAGGGUGGGGAGUACGACGGAGUACAGGACGAGCCCCAGUACGCGCUGCUUGCCAGGCAGGCUGAGAUGCUGUUCACCGGAGGGUUCGGGCUGGACAAGAACCCCCAAAGAUCAGGAGACUUGUACACCCAAGCCGCCGAAGCCGCGAUGGAAGCCAUGAAGGGCCGGCUAGCCAACCAGUACUAUGAAAAGGCAGAAGAGGCCUGGGCCCAGAUGGAGGAAUAACUGUCCCAAAAGAUCACUGCCAGCUGGUCCCAAGCAAAAGGGCUGGGGAUGAGGAGAAUGGGCUGAUUUUUUUUUUUUUUUUGGAAGGGGAAAAGCAGUUUUAACUAUGCUAUAAAUUCACUUUUGUAUUUGACUCGACAAAGUCUUUGCACCUGGCAGAGACACUUUAACUUCCCUUUAGGGGUGAUACCUUGAGGGAGUGGGGGUUGACUAUGCAGCCAAAUGAAUCACCUUAUUUUUUUGAGGUUCCGUUUUCUUUCUUUUUUUCCCCCCAUUUUUUGUCAUGAGAUCUAAGAACAUGUCUUUCUGUCGGAAUGAACAGACAGUAUCAGGGCUGAGCCUGUGCAGUCUGCACUCACCCCAGUGUCUCCAGGCCCUGCGUUAGGAAUCUGCAUAGAGAACAUUCUGUUAACUUCCCAUGGAUGUCUGUCUUUAGGUUUUGAGAAGUGUAUGGACUUUUUUUUUUCAGCAGGUAUGAGAUCACUCAAUCCCAGGUUCCUCCGCACCCUAGGGAGAUUAUAAGGUCUUUCAUUUGAUGUCCUCCCACUGCGUACCUGAUUUCUUGGUGUCCACUAAAUUUUGUUUUUUAAAAGCACGCUUCCUACUGUAGACUUUACAAAACAGGUUUGUUUUUUUGUACACACAUAUUUGCUACCUCUGAGUCGUGCAUUGGUGGAUGUGGAAGCAGAUGAACCUCAGAGCUUUCACAGGAAGACCUUGGCUUAGGAGCUGGGCAGCUUUCCUCCCAACAGAAGUGCCUCUGCGCCCCCCAUGGCCACAUCCACGACUGGACUGAAGCAUCCUUGUGCAGAUUCCACGGUCAUUUCUUGAUGUGGUGGCGUUUUAAAAACUCUGCCCUCAGCCUACUGCCCUUGGCAUUUUCUGCCUGAAGCUGGAUUUUUCUGGUCGUCUGCAGCAAGUGGCUUUCAGCUGCAGCCCUUUAGGAAAUGUCUAAGAUGUCUGAGAACAAGAAGGCAAGAGUGUAAACACUCAUUAGUUCUGGGUGUUUCCCCAGGGCCAGGUUGUGACUUAAUGAGCUUUUUCUAUAAAAGGAGUUCCGAUUUAA